AACUUGGGAAUGACUCUUGUUCAGUCACAAAAAAAAGAGACACGGAUAAAAAUAAAUAGGAAUUGAAUUGCCCCACCUUCACUUUUAAAACACGAAAAAUGCCAUAUUCAUACCAUAGUCAUUCAGGCCAAUUUUGUAAACACGGCUAUGGUCUUUUAGAAGACGUGGUUAAAGAAGCCAUUCGUAAAGGAUUUCACGCGUAUGGUCUUAGCGAACACAUGCCUAGAUAUGAUGAUUCUGAACUUUACCCUGAAGAAAUUGAAGCAUGUUGCACACCCCAAACCUUAGAAACAACCUACGCAGACUUUCAGAAAGAAGCCAAGCGUUUGCAAGAGUUCUAUAAAGACCAAAUUUUGCUUCUAGUGGGUGCAGAGAUUGAAUUCAUCAACAAGGAUUAUGCUCACCAUGUAGAUCAAUUAAGAAAGACUUUUACUGCUGACUAUGUCGUAGGAUCUCUUCACCACGUCAACUCUAUUCCCAUUGAUUUCUCACCUGAACUUUAUGUUCGCGCCUUGAGCCAAGUAGAUGGAAAAUUGGAUGAACUUUAUAUUCGUUAUUUUGACGAGCAAUACAUCAUGUUGAAGUCCGUUCGUCCUGAAGUCGUAGGCCAUUUUGAUCUGAUCCGUAUCUUUGCAGACCAAACCGUGGCAGAUAACACACUUUUGGAGUCCAAUGUAUGGGAACGUAUUGUACGUAACAUUGAUUAUAUUGUUGGGUACGGUGGAUUAUUCGAGAUCAAUUCAAGAUCCUGGAAGAAGGGUUUACGCGAUGCUUACCCACAACGAGAUAUUAUUAAGAUUAUUCUUGAAAAGGGUGGUAAAUUCACAUUAUCAGAUGAUUGUCAUGGACCAAAAGAUGUCGGGCUAUUUUAUGAAAAAUUGCCCGAAUACCUGUCAUUAACCGGGAUCAAGACUAUACAUUAUUUAGCGUACGAGAAUAACAAGGUCGUUGUAAAAGAACAUUUAAAUAUAUUAGAUGAUGCAUUUUGGAAAGGAAUAAAAGAUUGGUAA